GAACCACUGCCUUAGGCCAAGAGGGUAAGAGGGGAGGGGAUGGUAGGCCUCCCCUCCAUCCGCCCCUUCUCCUCGGCCUCUCCCCCAGGCUCUGUGUCUUCUGUGCCCGCCGCCCGGCCAUCUCCGCCCAGGACCUUCGCCUGGAGAGGGUCCUCCUUCUGCAGGAAGGCUUCUCCCUCGAGGAAGGCUCUGAUGUGACAGUGCUGCUCCGCACGAGGGAAACCCCGGCGCUGCUCCUCCGGCUGCCCUUUGGCUCCCAGACCCAGAGCUUCCUGGCCCAGGUCCGCAGGCGAUGCCCACGAGGAGGAGGAGGAGGAGCAGAAGCAGGGCUUUCUGGGGAUGAAGACCUCGCCCGGAAGGGGAGACCCUCGCUGCCCUCGCCCCCCAUUGUCCCAGAGGGCACUCCCGAAGAGGCCAAGGCUAAGGCUGCAGCAGCUGCUGCUCCUAGGCCCACCAACCCCAGGAGUGAGGUGACAGGCGCAAUGGUGCGCUCCUCUCAGGUGCUGGUGCAGGAGGCGGCGCAAGGGGCACCCGUCCAUGCUUUUGGGCUGAGGGAGACUCUCAUCCGCUCCCGACUCCUGCAAAGGGAGGAGGCCUACACCCACCUCCAGAGCUACAGGUUUUUUGUCGGUUCCUACAACGUGAAUGGCCAGUCGCCCAAAGAGAACCUCCAGCCCUGGCUGAGUCAAGACCCUGACCCCCCUGACGUUUACUGUGUGGGCUUCCAGGAGCUGGACCUGAGCAAGGAAGCCUUUUUCUUCAAUGACACCCCAAAAGAAGAGGAGUGGUUCCGAGCCGUGACAGAGAGCCUUCAUCCGGGGGCAAAGUACGCCAAGAUCAAACUGGUGCGCCUGGUGGGGAUCUUGUUGCUGCUGUAUGUGAGGACGGAGCUGGCGGCAAACAUCUCUGAGGUGGAGGCAGAGACAGUUGGCACCGGCAUCAUGGGGAGGAUGGGCAACAAGGGUGGGGUGGGCAUCCGCUUCAAGCUCCACAACACCUCAAUCUGCCUGGUCAACGCCCACCUGGCUGCCCAUGCAGAGGAGUGCGAGAGGCGCAACCAGGACUUCCGCGACAUCAGUGCCCGCAUGCUCUUUGGGCAGCUGGAAUCCGGACUCCCUGCCCUCACCAUCGCCAAGCACGAUGUGGUCUUGUGGCUUGGGGACCUGAACUACAGGCUGGAGGAGCAGGAUGUGGAGCGGGUCAAGAAGCUGGUGGAAGCCAGGGACUUCCGCACCCUUCAGCAACAUGACCAGUUGAAGCGUCAAAUGGAAGCGAAGGCAGUCUUUGAAGGUUUCACAGAGGGAGAGAUUACCUUCCAGCCCACAUACAAGUACAAUCCAGGCUGCAAUGACUGGGAUACAAGUGAGAAGUGCCGUGUCCCCGCCUGGUGCGACCGGAUCCUCUUCAAAGGGAGGAGUGUUUCCCAGCUGAGCUACCGAAGCCACCCAGCCCUGAAGAUCAGUGACCACAAGCCUGUCAGUGCCUGCUUUGAUGUUGGGGUGAAGGUGGUGGACGAGGAGCUGUAUCGCCAAGUUUUUGAGGACAUUGUGCGCUCCUUGGACAAAAUGGAGAAUGACAGCAUCCCCUCUGUCACUCUCUCCAAGAGGGAGUUCUUUUUCAGGGACGUGAAGUACAUGCAGCUCCAGGUGGAGACCUUCUCCAUCCGCAAUGGGCCCGUUCCCUGUCAGUUUGCAUUCAUCAACAAGCCAGAUGAAGAGAGCUAUUGCAAGCAAUGGCUGACAGCAAACCCCAGCAAGGGCUUCCUCUUGCCAGACUCUGAGGUGAUGGUUGAGCUGGAGCUCUUUGUGAAUAAAUCAACAGCCCCGGCCUUGAACUCCGGGGAGGAUCGGCUGGAAGAUAUCUUGGUGCUUCAUCUUGAUCGGGGCAAGGAUUACUUCCUGUCUGUUUUGGGGAACUACUUGCCCAGCUGCUUUGGCACCUCACUGCAUGCACUCACCUUCAUGAGAGAGCCCAUCCAAGAGAUGUCACCAGACACCAUCCGGGAACUGAGCCUGCGGCCACUGAAAUCUACAGACAGUGAGACCUUUUGGGAUGAGAAGCCCUUGGACAUCCCCAAGGAGCUGUGGAUGAUGGUGGACCACCUCUACCGCCACGCCUCCCAACAGGAAGACCUGUUCCAGCAGCCGGGUCUGCGGUCUGAAUUUGAACAAAUCCGCGAUUGCCUGGACACUGGAUUGAUAGACAUGCUGGUGGGCAGCAACCAUUCUGUGGCUGAAGCGCUGCUCCUCUUCCUGGAGAGCCUCCCUGAGCCGGUCAUCUGCUCCAACCUCUACGACAACUGCCUGGAGUGUGCUGACAGCUACAUCCUGAGCACGCAGGUGAGGCAGAUGGCCCUGGGGGUGGGGUCAAGCCUGGGUCACAGAGUGCAUGGCCACCUCAGUACACAAUGGCUCCCUGCCCUUUCCUCUUCCUCUCAGGUGGUGUCCACUCUGCCCAGGUGCCACAGGAAUGUCUUCAGUUACCUGAUGGCUUUCCUACGGGAGCUGCUCCGACAUUCUGCAAAAAACCACUUGGACGUGAAUAUUCUGGCCAGCCUCUUUGGGGGCCUCCUGCUGCGCCCCCCUCCUGGGCACCCCAAGCCCGGCAUUGCAGAGAAGCGUCAGGCCCAGCAGUUCAUCCGGCAGUUUCUCCUGCGGGAAGGAGUUACCCUGUGAAGUCAGCGACAGUAUUUUGUAAUUUUAUAUGCAGAAUUUUGUAUUUUCAGAGUAUUAGCUCUGCCAGUAUUAUAACACAGAGGCAAGCACAAGGCUGCCUUAGUUCCAAGAUGUGGCUUGAGAGAGAAAGAACUAGUAGCUGUGACACAAUAGCCGCAUUGCGACAUUUGAAAGGCACAUUACGUUUCCUAGGGAGCUUUUGUAUUAAACUGAUCUAUGCAGUCUGUGAA